AUGCCAUCAGACCUGCCGAUAAUGCGGCCCGACUCUCCAGACACCAAGCUACCUGUCUCCCCAUACAUGUUCAAGAUCUCUAUCCUCGGACUUGAUAACUACGGCAACGCCUCUGGUCGGGUGGGUGGAGAUAUGAAUCUUGAAUGUCAGGUCAACAACAUGGGAUAUAUUGUCCUCAGAAGGCAUUUGCUCUUCUCCUUGCCAAAAUUUGCUCAUAAGCGGAGGCUGUUCCUAGAAGUACGCGAAUCAUCUGGAUGCUUUGCAGUACCACAGCUAGCAACUUGA